AUGUUAUUGUCAAGGCUUCUUCUGCUUCCCUUUGCGGUCGCAUCGUCGGUCACACUUUAUGUCUCCUCUGUCCCAGCCUCAGCCGACAGCGCUGUAAUUCCCUCCCCAAUCCCGCUCGCGCAGAUCGAAUACGAUGCAGACCAAUCCGUCGGCAGUCUAGCUUCCUUCACACCACCCACAGGCUCCUACUCGCCUGAUCAUCUUCUUCGCGUCGGCCUUACAGAUCCAAAAUCCGGCUCAUGGCGGGGCAUUGUCACAUCAGCAGCUAGCUUCUCCGACCGAUACCACAAGAAGUUUAUCAUCCAUGUCGAUGACAAGGGGGAACCUUUCCACAUCGGCUUCGGUACGAGCGCGAAAGGUAGCGGAGACGAGGUGGAGGUGGAGAUAAAGAAGAGGAAUGUUGGGCCAAAACCGGUCCUCAACAAGCCUAUCGUGCUCAAUGCCGAGGGGAAGCUUGAUGGUAAAGAGCCGGAGAAGACGUUCUUGCAAAAGUACUGGUGGGCUCUCGCUCUCUUCUUAGUAGUGCAAUUGGUUGCAGGUGGUGGAGGCGAGAAAUAA